AUGGCUGUCAGUUAUCGACAUGGCCUCUCCAUCUUGGAGGUUGUCGUGUACAUUCCUGCCCUUUUCAUGGCUCUGUGGAUGGCCUACCGCCAUGGAUUUGGGAGAAGUUCGGGGUGGAUUUUCUUCGUCAUAUUCUCACUGCUCCGCGUGAUCGGUUCAUGCUGUUAUCUGGCCACCAUCAGCAACCCGACUUCAACCAAUCUGUACAUUACGUGGGCCGUCUGCAAUUCGAUCGGGUUAUCGCCCUUGACUUUGGCCUGUAUAGGCCUCUUGUCGCGAGUGAAUGACUCUAUUAAACGAAAGACUGGGAACCCGUUGCCCUCUAUUCUCUUCAGAUUCACCGGCGUGAUCACUUUGGUUGGCUUGAUUCUGAGUAUCGUAGGCCAGACGGCGAGUUCGGAUCCCACGAAUGGCCUGGUCAACGCCAAGACGAAGAUUGGCCUGAUCAUGUUUCUCAUUGCAUGGGUGGGAUUGUGCAUCUUGCUGCUUCUGGUCGGAUCUCGCUAUCGUGGCAUCGAAGACGGAGAGCACCGCUUGCUUCUGGCUGUAGGACUCUCGAUUCCUCUGCUUCUCGUGCGUCUCAUCUACUCUCUUCUGGUGGCUUUCACUCAGAACCCGUCGUUUAACAUGAUCACUGGGAAUGUCACCAUCAUGCUUGUCAUGGAUGUCUUGGAAGAAAUUAUCAUCGUCCUCAUCUGUCUUGGCAUCGGCUUGACCCUGUCAGUACGACAAAGCGCCGCAUACAUCGAAGUCCAGACAUCAAUUCAGUCAACCGAGCAUAACGGUCUGUAUCCCCGGGAUGAGUCGGGGAAGUAUCUGAGCCAAAAUGAUCAGAAUAUUCCCAACUCUGAGAGAAGACAAAGACAGAGGCGACGAGGCGGUCCUAUCACUCAGCUCGUUGGGCUGGUGAUUGACGAGAUCAAUGCCAGACGUCAGUAA